UGUUUACAUCUUGAUGAGGCAUUUUAUUGCAUGUUUUUAACACAAUGGGAAAACGUAAAGGUUCUGGAACCGAAGAGGAACUUCUUUCAGUGGAUUCCCCCAGCGGUUCACACAAGAAACAUAAGAAACACAAAAAGAAACACAAAAAGAGGAAGGAUCAUGACAUUGACCCCUUUGCAUUGGGAGCUCCAGGAGGACUGGCAAAACCUGCUAUUAAACUGAAGCUGAAGAUUGGAGGGGAGACCUUGGGAACAAAGAAUAUUACACCAGUAGACCAGAAAGAGAAGGACAGCUCUGAGGACUCACAAGAUCAGAUUAUAGAUGUCCUCAAUGACACAUGGGGCUCCCCUCCCUCGGCCUCCAUUACGGCCACCAUAACUUCCUCAACAGUGUCUGAUGUUACCCCAGGCCUACCAUCAACACUGGCAUCUCCAGCACCAGGAGAAAAGAAGGAGGAUACGUCUGAUGAGGAAAAAGAAUGGCUAGAGGCACUAGAACGAGGGGAUCUUGAUGAUUCAGGAAUGUUGAAGAAAAGCAAAGAUCCAAAAUUAUUAACAGCCAGACAGAGAGCAUUAAUACAUGGCAAUAAAGAAGAAGCUUUAUUGGAACUACCAUCAGGUUACAAACAGGUGGAACUAACAGAAGAACAGCAACUGAAGCGACAACAGAGAGCUAAGAAACGACGUCAACAGGCCCAUGAAAAACGAGAAAAGGAUAAGAAACUGACACUAGACCGAUUACUGAAAAAGCAAGAAUCCAAUAAGAAAAAGGGAAAGGGAUCUAAGAAGGCAAACAUUCCGAGGUUCCGGUAUACAAACAACCAAUCAGGAGUAGCGAUCUCUGUACCAGUUGGAUUCCAGCUGCCCUUCACUGCCCAAACUGCCAGACCUCCAAAGGCAAAGGAGCCAUGCAUUAUAUCAGGGUGUAAAAACCUGAAGAAGUAUUCCUGUUCUCGGACGGGCGUUCCUUUGUGUAGUCUCGCAUGUUACAAGAAAAAUAGUCUUCUACAUAAUUUGCCGAGUGUCAGGGCUGCCAGCUGAGGGAAGGAUACACAAACAGAACAAUCUUCUGGUUUCAAAGCUGUUAAUUGGCUUUGAAGGUGCUCCAUACAAAUCUAAAUGUUGGAGAGUUUUCUAGUUGAGAUGAUAUUUUGCAAUGUAACAGCUUUGGUGCGAGGGCUGUUUACUGAGGUAAUGUUUUGGGAAAACAUACAGUCGAUGCAGUCGAAUUACAGUGUUUCCAGCUAGAAAACACAUACAAGAACACCAUCCCUUAUUAAUAAGGUGAAGUUACAGAAGGUGAUUACUGGGCCAUAGGAUCAGUACACCAGGUGUUUUACGUUCACUUCCGAUGUCAGACUUUGUUCUCUGAUAAAGUGGAGUACCUGAUUCUGUUGAUAAGGAUUUUCUGCCUCAGAUUGUUACAGAUGUUGAAGAAUAUUCUGAGAUGGGUAACAAGUUUAUUAACUACAAAUGUUUAUUAAAGAAUAUCACACUUCUUUGAAUGAAGCUACUAAAAAAUUAAUUAUUUGUUGUUUGUGAUAUUUAUGAUAUGUCAAAUAUAUAUGAUUAGCUCUCACUUGGGUUUAGCUCUCUUGAUAACAAAACUGAAUAUUGCAUGGUGGAGUUAGCUCACUGGAUGUUCAGCACUGAAUAUUUUUACAUGGAGUUAGCUCUCCGGACUUUAAAUUCAUAAUGGUUUCAUAUCUUUUGAAUUAAAUUACUAUGAUAAGGUAAUUGAAAUGCUGCAAACUGUACUGUUACUUCUUGGAUGCUGUUGGCAUUCAUAGACAAUAUGAAUACAUCUUGACAACAGCAAAUUUUAUGUAAGGUGCAGCACUUUAAGGACCUUGCGUUUGUAUAUCUGAUGUUGCUAAUGAAUGUCGACUGAAGGGAAAUGGUUCGUUUAAAUAUGCUGAAUAUGAAUAAAACUAAAAUUCA